GAGGAAGGGAUUGAAAUGGAAGUGAAUGGCUCUCGUGGUUACACACCUUACCAAUCUUCACACCACACCAUUCUCCCCUUCCUUUUGCCUUUUAUCUCUCUCUCUCUCUCUCUCUCUCUCUCUGCUGGCUGCGUUUCAAAAUCAAUGGCGACUCUGCAAUCUCUCGCAUCCACUUCCCUUUCUUCUCCCCAUCUGCAUCAUUCUUCAUCCACCAACACCAAAGCAGCUUUUGCCUCCGCCAGACUCCACAGCAGCGUCUUCUCCGCAUUCCACGGCCGUUCCCUUAACGUCUCUGGCGGAAAAUGCCAGACGGUCACUCGCCGCAGAUGUCAACCCCACGGACGGCCGUCCAAUACGAUCCUCAUGGUUCUGCCGAAGAUCCAGUUCAUCCAGGGCACGGACGAGCAGACGGUGCCGGACGUGAGGCUGACCAAAUCCCGAGACGGCACCAACGGAAUGGCCAUUUUCAAGUUCGAGCAGCCGUCGGUGUUCGACUCGUCGGGGGAGGUCGGGGACAUUACCGGAUUCUACAUGAUCGAUGAGGAAGGUGUGAUUCAGUCGGUGGAUGUGAACGCCAAGUUCAUUAAUGGAAAACCUGCGGGAAUCGAGGCCAAGUACGUGAUGCGGACUCCGAGGGAGUGGGACAGGUUCAUGAGAUUCAUGGAGCGAUACUCCAACGCCAAUGGCUUGCAAUUCGUCAAGAAAUGAAAAUCGCCUAGUACGGUUUCUGCUUCUCAUUGUCUGUUCUGUGAUUAGAUUGACCUGUUUUUGCCCAAUUUUGUUCUGCGUUGAAUCACGAUCAACACUGUGUUGAUGCUGAUGGAUGAAGAAUUCGUUGGAAUCUAUGCCUUCUUCUUCAACAAACCUAAGUCUUCAACUUU